AUGUCCUCGAAAUUCAAAAUUGCACUAAUCCAAUUAUUGGUUUCAUCGUCAAAGGCGAAAAAUAUUAGUCACGCGUGUGAAUUAAUCAGUAAAGCAGCUUCAACAGGUGCCAAGUUAGUUGUAUUACCAGAAUGCUUUAAUUCACCAUAUGGUGUCAAAUAUUUUCCUGAAUACGCCGAGACAAUACCAGGUGAAACAACAAAUGCAUUAAAAAAUUGUGCUAAACAAAAUCAAAUAUUUCUUGUUGGUGGCUCAAUACCAGAACGUGAUGAAUCCGGAAAAUUGUUUAACACAUCAACUAUUUACAAUCCACAUGGUGAAUUGAUCGGAAUAUUUCGCAAAAUGCAUUUAUUCGAUAUUGAUAUUCCUGGGAAAAUAACAUUUAAAGAAAGUGAUGCAUUAGCUCCGGGAAAUCAAUUAACGACAUUUGAUAUUUCGGAUGAUUUUCGCGUGGGACUAGCCAUAUGUUAUGAUGUUAGAUUUCCAUUAUUAGCCUCACUGUAUUCAAAACGUGGCUGUCAUUUAUUAUUAUAUCCAGGAGCGUUUAAUAUGACUACAGGACCAGCACACUGGGAACUUCUACUUAGAAGCCGUGCAUUAGAUAAUCAAAUGUAUGUAGCAGGCGUUAGUCCAGCGCAUGAUGAAAAUGCUGAUUAUAAAGCUUGGGGACAUACAACUUUAGUUGACACUUGGGGUACUAUCAUUGGAAAGUGUGAAAUGAAUGAAGAGAUUGUUUAUGGUGAAAUUGAUUUAGAACAUUUGAAAACAGUACGAAAACAAUUACCUUAUCUAUCGCAACAGCGACAUGAUGUUUACACUUUAGAGGAAAAAAAAUUAGAAAAAUAA